AUGAGAAAGCAGGUUGUGGCGGGCGGCACCCCACUCUUCCCAGCCAGUCUCGGGCUUUCUGCUGGCUGGUGGGGAGAAGCACCCUUCUGGGGGCGCUUUUCUACGCCUCGACAGGGGUUUGGAGUCGGGGUUCACAGGGGCCAAUAACUCUUCACCCAGCACUUCGGAGACUACUCCUGUGCCCGGGACUCCGAAGAGUCCUUCAUCUGCCGAACACUCAAACCUGAGGGCAAUUUGGUUUUGAUGCUGUGCCAGAAAUCUUCUAACAAUGAGUUACUGGAACUUGGAAAGAAGGAACUGUGUGCAGUACCGCAGGCAUUUUCUGGUGGACAACAGUGUGUUUCAUGUCGAAAGAUGCAUGAGUGUAAUGCAGUCCGGGACACAGAUGAUCAAACUGAAGCGUGGGACCAAGGGGCUUGUUCGGCUCUUUUACCUGGAUGAACACCGUACCCGCCUCCGAUGGCGACCCUCAAGGAAGAGUGAAAAGGCAAAGAUAAUUAUCGACUCCAUUUACAAAGUCACCGAGGGCCGGCAGUCUGAAGUAUUCCACAGACUGGCCGAGGGGAACUUCGACCCCAGCUGCUGCUUUACCAUCUACCAUGGCAACCACAUGGAGUCCCUGGACCUCAUCACCUCCAACCCCGAGGAGGCCCGCACCUGGAUAACAGGCCUCAAGUACCUGAUGGCUGGCAUCAGUGAUGAAGACUCCCUUGCCAAAAGGCAGAGGACCCAUGACCAGUGGGUGAAGCAGACCUUUGAGGAAGCCGAUAAGAAUGGUGAUGGCUUGUUGAAUAUUGAAGAGAUACACCAAUUGAUGCAUAAACUAAAUGUCAAUCUGCCCCGAAGAAAAGUCAGACAAAUGUUUCAGAUUCUCGCCGUGCCUUAUUUUUCCCUGUGCCCCUUUCAGGAAGCUGAUACAGAUGAGAACCAGGGAACUUUGACAUUUGAAGAGUUCUGUGUUUUUUACAAAAUGAUGUCAUUGAGACGGGACCUUUAUUUGUUGCUCUUGAGCUACAGUGACAAGAAGGAUCACCUAACAGUGGAAGAAUUGGCCCAGUUUCUGAAGGUGGAGCAAAAGAUGAAUAAUGUGACAACAGAUUAUUGUCUUGACAUCAUAAGGAAGUUUGAAGUUUCGGAAGAAAAUAAGGCAAAAAAUGUUCUUGGCAUAGAAGGCUUCACAAGCUUCAUGCGCAGUCCUGCUUGUGACGUAUUUAACCCGUCACACCAUGAAGUAUAUCAAGAUAUGGAUCAGCCCCUCUGCAACUACUACAUUGCUUCCUCUCACAAUACAUACCUGACUGGGGACCAGCUCCUUUCUCAGUCCAAAGUGGAUAUGUAUGCUCGGGUGCUACAAGAGGGCUGUCGCUGUGUGGAAGUUGACUGUUGGGAUGGCCCUGAUGGAGAACCUGUAGUACACCAUGGUUAUACACUGACUUCAAAAAUUCUCUUCAGAGAUGUUGUGGAGACCAUCAAUAAGCAUGCCUUUGUGAAGAAUGAGUUCCCAGUUAUAUUGUCUAUUGAGAAUCACUGCAGUGUCCAGCAGCAAAGGAAGAUUGCUCAGUACCUGAAGGGAAUAUUCCAAGACAAACUGGACCUGUCAUCUGUAGACACAGGAGAGGGCAAGCAGCUUCCAAGCCCUCAAAGUUUGAAAGGCAAAAUCCUAGUGAAGGGUAAGAAGUUGCCGUAUCACCUGGGGGAUGACGCAGAGGAAGGGGAAGUUUCCGAUGAGGACAGUGCAGAUGAAAUUGAAGAUGAGUGCAAGUUUAAGCUCCAUUAUAAUAACGGAACCACUGAGCAUCAGGUGGAAUCUUUCAUAAGGAAAAAACUGGAGUCACUGUUAAGAGAAUCUCAAAUUCGAGACAAAGAAGAUCCUGACAGUUUCACAGUAAGGGCACUAUUGAAGGCCACUCAUGAAGGCUUAAAUGUACAUUUGAAGCAGAAUCCAGAUAUGAAGGAAAGCGGAAAGAAAUCCCAUGGACGAUCCCUCAUUACCAACUUUGGAAAACAUAAGAAAACCACAAAAUCUCGAUCUAAAUCUUACAGUACUGAUGACGAGGAGGACAUACAGCAGAAUCCUGGCAAGGAAAGUGGCCAGCUAUACAGGUUGGGACGCCGAAGGAAAACCAUGAAGCUCUGCCGUGAACUCUCAGAUUUGGUUGUAUACACAAAUUCCGUGGCGGCCCAAGACAUUGUGGAUGAUGGAACUACAGGAAAUGUGUUAUCAUUCAGUGAAACAAGAGCACAUCAGGUGGUUCAGCAGAAAUCAGAGCAGUUCAUGAUUUAUAACCAAAAGCAACUCACAAGAAUUUACCCCUCUGCCUACCGGAUUGAUUCCAGUAACUUCAACCCUGUGCCCUAUUGGAAUGCAGGCUGCCAGCUAGUGGCACUGAACUACCAGUCCGAAGGGCGAAUGAUGCAGUUAAAUCGAGCCAAAUUCAAGACAAACGGCAAUUGUGGCUACGUCCUCAAGCCUCAGCAGAUGUGCAAAGGUACUUUCAACCCCUUCUCUGGUGAUCCACUUCCUGCCAACCCCAAAAAGCAGCUCAUCCUGAAAGUGAUCAGUGGGCAGCAACUCCCCAAACCUCCAGACUCUAUGUUUGGAGACCGAGGAGAGAUCAUUGAUCCCUUUGUUGAAGUUGAAAUUAUUGGAUUGCCAGUAGAUUGUUGUAAAGAUCAAACCCGCGUAGUGGAUGACAAUGGUUUUAACCCUGUGUGGGAAGAAACCCUGACAUUUACAGUACACAUGCCAGAAAUAGCUUUGGUUCGGUUCCUUGUGUGGGAUCAUGAUCCUAUUGGACGAGACUUUGUUGGGCAAAGAACUGUGACCUUCAGCAGCUUAGUGCCUGGAUACCGGCAUGUGUAUUUAGAAGGACUGACAGAAGCAUCCAUAUUUGUCCACAUAACAAUCAAUGAAAUCUAUGGAAAGUGGAGCCCUUUAAUACUCAACCCCAGUUAUACUAUAUUGCACUUUCUAGGAGCUACAAAGAACCGACAGCUCCAAGGUCUGAAGGGUCUGUUCAACAAGAAUCCCAGACACACGUCUUCAGAAAAUAAUCCCCAUUAUGUUCGGAAACGAUCCAUUGGAGAUAGAAUUCUGCGACGCACAGCCAGUGCUCCUGCCAAAGGCAGGAAAAAGAGCAAAACGGGCUUCCAAGAAAUGGUAGAGAUAAAGGAUUCUGUGUCCGAGGCCACCAGAGAUCAAGACGGUGUCCUCAGGAGGACCACACGGAGUUUGCAGGUUCGCCCUGUCUCUAUGCCUGUUGACAAAAGUCUUCUGGGGACAUUGACGCUGCCUCUAUCUGUAACAGCCAAAGACACCGAAGGAAAAGAAAACUCUCUGGCAGAAGAUAAGGACGGCAGAAGAAGAGGGAAGGCAGGUAUAAAAGACAAAGAUUUUCCAAAUUUCAACAAAAAAUUAUCAUCCUCCUCCAGUGCUCUCCUCCGCAAAGAUAUCAGCCAAGGGGAUUCCACUACUGCUCCUGCCAACCUGUCAAUGACAGGAGAACAGUUGGGAGUGCCAGCUUCUAAGGGUGGGAGAACCAAAUCAAGUCUUGCAAGUGAUUGCCAGGAAAACCAUUGUCCCAACAAACCCCUCUCCCCAAGGCAACAUUUGGUUCUUGAUCCUACAGUUAAAGUAGCACACGAUCUGUGUGGUAUGAAAACCAAAGAAAAUGGGAAUGUUGAGGGCUUUGUGGAAGGGAAAAGCACAUUUUCGGGAAGCAUCCUUUCUCAAAGCAAUCUGGAGAUGAAGAACCCUGAAGGUAAUAGGGAUAAGGGCAGAGCAGCAACAUCUUUUUCUUUGUCAGAUCUCUCCAUGCUCUGUUCUCAUAUGCCUGACUUACAUUCAACUGCAAUUCUGCAAGAGAGUGAAAUUUCUCAUCUUAUCGACAAUGUCACUUUAACAAAUGAGAACGAGCCGGGCAGUUCCAUCUCAGCACUGAUUGGCCAGAUUGACUCGACCUCAGAUCAGGCUGGACUUGCAGUUGUUUCUCAUCUUCAUAAUACCCAAAUGACAUCAGGCCACCCUCCUUUGCCCACCACAGGCCUAAAAACACCCUUCAGGCAUGGCUUUCCCAAGGGAAACCCCAAAGCAUCCUUCCUGUGCUCAUCUCCUGACCCUAUUGCAUCCUCGAGUCCUGAAACCACAGAACAUGCAGCAUACACGGUCAUUCAUGAAACCACCUGCACUCCCAUUUCUAAAACCAAAUCUAAUGAUGACCUUCCUGGUAAGGCCAAGGCAGGGGCCCUGGAAGGCCCCCUGCCUGGGUCCCCUAAUCCUUCUCAUUGCUGGUUACCAAAAAGUCCCAACAACGGAAAACAUUGGGAAAUACUGAAGAACUGCGGCCCUGCCACUUCCACUGAUUUGACACUGGAGGAUAUAAUAGCUGAUCCCACUCUCUGUUUAAAUUCUGGAGAGAGCAGUCUUGUGGAAAUUGAAGGAGAGUCAGAAAAUCUCUCCAUAGCAACCCAUGAAUAUAGUAAAGAGGGCACCAGUCACCUUGCUUCUUUAAAACUGAAACACGGUAAGGAGGUGGCAGAACAUUUUCAAAGCAGUUUAAGAAAUGGCUACUGUAAAGAGACUCUCUACCCAUCUGCCCCUGAAAUAUUCAACAAUAUUCAAGAGGUCAAAAAUCAAAGUAUUUCUUAUCUAGCUUAUCAGGGUGCUGGCUUUGUGCAUAACCAUUUCUCAAAUUCAGAUGCAAAAAUGAACUUGGCCUGCGUACCCCUGCAGUCUAGUGCUCAAGAUAUGCAUGCUUCUGCACCUAAGCAGCCGACACAUCUUCCCUUGCCUGCUCUGAAACUGCCCAGCCCUUGCAAAUCCAAAAGUCUGGGAGACCUAACAUCGGAGGACAUCGCCUGCAACUUUGAGAGCAAGUACCAGUGCAUCAGUAAGAGUUUUGUUACAACUGGCAUGAGAGACAAGAAGGGUGUGACUGUGAAGACAAAGACUUUGGAGCCCACAGAUGCUCUGACCCAGCAGCUAAGGAAGCUCGUGUCCUUCGACCAGGAGGACGGCUGCCAAGGGCUGUAUUCAAAGCAAGAUGUGAAUCAGUUCCCCAGGGCACUAGUCAGAAAGUUGUCAUCCCGAAGUCAGAGCAGAGUGCGCAACAUCGCCAGCCGUGCCAAGGAAAAACAGGAAGCCAAUAAGCAAAAAAGUGUGGCCCCCAACAGUGCGGGAGGAGUGGUUCUCAGAAACAAACCCUCAGCACCCUCGCCCGCUGUCAACCGACACUCCACGGGCUCGUACAUCGCGGGCUACCUGGGUAACCCGAAAGGGGGCAGCCUUGAAGGCCGCGGCAUCCCAGAGGGGGCGUGCGCAGCCCUUCGCCACAGCUACGGCGACCAGUUUUGUGCAGAUAAUCCUGUUUUGCAGACUGAGCCAAGCAGUGAUGAUAAACCAGAAAUUUAUUUUCUCUUGAGACUGUGAAUUAUAGAAAAGCUGCAUUUUCAGUGUUUACAAGGUAUUCCGUAGAGUUUUCAGUUUUCAGUAAAUAUGGUCCUAGGCUUUGAAAUGAUUUCAAAAUGUCUUUCUAAACGCGUAUUUCAGUCUUCCUUUGCCUCCAUGUGUUCCUUCUGCUUACGUGCUUGUACCUAGAUUGGGUGACGUUUCCCAUGUACGUAUGACCCUUUCCCCCUGAGGUGUUGUAAACUGUAUCAGUAUGAAAUAUGUGCAUGCCCUAGAUGUGAAACUUCUCAGCAGCUUGAGUGAGCGAUAAUGUAUGUAUGUUUCUCCAGGAUGUUCUUUGCUAUAUGUGCCCAGAUCAAAGUCACAAAAGUAGUCAUUUUUUACUCUCUAACUGUUGAGUUAAUUAGGAAACUUUGCAAAGGACAAAGGGAUGGAUUCUAUAUUUUUAAAGCCAUUAUCAUGUUUUCUGUUUUUCCUUCUUUGUCAAGAAGCCAGAUGCAUUUUUAUAACUCAGUUAAAUGAAAUCUCUUACUUUGUGAGAUUUCUUCACCUUACCCAGAAUGAGAGAGUUCAAAGGGGAUGAUUGGUAGCUGCAUCCCCUUCCUCCCCCACUUUAGAUAGACUGUGAGGAUAUGAAGGAGAAAGCAAACUUCUGUAUAUAAGGACAAAAUUAUUUGUUUUACAUAAAUUUUGUUACAUAUUUUUGCUAAUGGCUUUGUAUGUAACAAGAACACAAUUGCCAAGCUGUUUGUUGUACUUUUGAAUUUUCUGAUUAAAUUAUAGACUGCGAAUAAUGGCUUUACAGAAUAAGAGACUUCCGUCAGACUCUAACAAUAAUAGUAGCACAAAUUGAAAACUUCCCCAAAGCUAUCAAGGAAAAAAAUAUAUAUUUUGUCAUAAUAAAAUCCAAGUGAUGAACAAGGAAUUAGAAGAAACCUUUUCCCUUCAGGGAGCCAAAUAACUAUAUUUUAGUACCAACAUGCAUUAUUUUCACUGUGAAUCCAUUUUUUAUUGCAUGUUCAGAUGUCCCCCUUUGCUUUUUUGUAACAUUAAAUGCAAUGAUGUUCUUCUUGGAGUUCAUGAAAAUAUAAUUAAAACAGAUU